GAGAGGAGUUGAAAUAAGAGAACUCCAUGUUUGACCAUCCUGGUGGGUCUCCUGCCUUCUACACUCCUCCACUAAACCCAAAGACUCGCCUGGUCCCAAGAUCCUCCAGAGAGAUAGUCCGGAUGGUGUAUUUUGUCACCCCACUGUGGGGGCUCUGAGAUGCAUAGUAUAUUUUGGUACAACAAUUUGGGGGCUCUAGAAAGCACAGCAGAGGCUCUGACCUACGUUAUUCAGACCUUUAGUAGCUGGUCCUUUUGUGGGGCCAUAAAGGCUGGAGACAGCAGGACUCUGGGAUAGAUAGAGACGAGGAGCCAGUCAGAGCAACUUUACAACAUGGAGUCACCUUGAUUAAUUUUCUGUGUACAGAGAGAACCUGGAGCCAGAGAGAAUGAACCCUGGGAGCCUGAGACCUGGUAAGGACUUGGUGACAUUCAAGGAUGUGGCUGUGGACUUCACCCAGGAGGAGUGGGGCCUCUUGGAUCCUCCACAGAGGGAGUUGUACAAGGAGGUCAUGGUGGAGAAUGCCUGGAACCUGCUGUCCCUGGGCAUUCCAGUUCCCAGAGACGAUGUGAUCUCUUAUUUUAAGCAAAAGCAAGCACCCUGGGUGCUGGACCAAGAAGCCCUGAGGAGCUGCUUCCAAGUGAGUGAGGUGAAAGCAGGGAUGUGA